AUGAUCUACAUCGAAAAUGGCUCCUCCACCAAGGAGAGCAGACUCCCCUUCGAAAUCGAAGAAUGGGUAGAGAUGGCCAUUGGCAUGUUUGUCAUCCUGCUCCGACUCUACGCUCGAACCAGAGCAGUAGGUUUCAGAAAAUGGCAAGGGGAUGAUUACCUUAGCGUCGUGGCUCUCGUUCUUUGGGCAACCGAGGUCUUCAUGUUCAAAUUCGUGUUCCGCUUCGGCGCCAAUGCCGGACUCAGCGACGAGCAGAGAGCAUCCAUGGAGGAGUGGGAGAUACAUGAGCGACAGUUUGGAUCAAAAUGCCUUCUCGUCAGCUGGUUUGCCUACGUCACCCUUAUUUGGGUGCUAAAGGCUUGCAUGCUGUUUUUCUAUAAGCGUCUGACGAUUGGCCUUGUUCAGCAAAGGUUCGUCAAGGUCGCGGCAGGCUUGUGUUUGCGCACCUAUGUCGCCGCCACGCUGACUAUCCACCUACACUGUAACCCCGCCAGCAAGCUGUGGCAGAUUUACCCAAAUCCUGGCAGCUCGGCGAACUACAUUGCCGUUCUGGUAACUAACAUCAUGACGGACGUCGUGCUGCUCUCGAUCCCGCUGCCGUUACUGAUCCAAGUGCAACUCCCUUGGCGCCGGAAACUGGUGAUCGGGUUGCUGCUUUUUGGGGGCGUGUUUGUGAUGAUUGCCGCGCUGUUCCGCUGCGUCCUUUCGCUAUGGCACAUUGAAUCCGUUAAUACCAGCAACCUUUGGGCAACACGCGAGAGCGUUAUUGCCAUCAUCACGGUCAACAUUCCAUGCAUCUGGCCGCUGCUUCGGAGGUCAUCCUCGUCGCGAGAUGUAUCGACUGGGGCCAGUGGAACCGGACGGUACAAGUUGGGACCGUUAGCGGGGACGGGAACAGCGAACCGGAGACCAGCCGGACCCGAGUCUAUCUUGGAAGAUAGCCAAUCUCAGUUUGUCAGUGAUGUUCGGGGGGGGUCGGACCGAGUGGGAGAGGAGGUCGGGCGAGGCAUCGAUGGGAUUCAAGUGACGACUGUGUAUGAGGUGAAACAUGAUCAGUAUGGAGCCAAGGAUCAAGGAUGA